UUCCUAUAUAUAGAGAAAAUAGAUUAUUUUCGUCCCUAGAAAAUGAACGUUUGUAAACAAGCUGUUUACGCGGCCACACGGGCCACGUGCGAGCGCGAGGCGAAAGACGCGGAUUGACGGAACGAGAGAACGAACAAAACGCGAAUAUGGGCCGCAAGAUACCGGGGAAGAAGCAUCGGGGUGUCAAGGAUCCCGAGAAGCAGCGCGCUAAGCGCAUGGCGGAGUUAGAAUUGUGCACAAAUACGGCGCCGAAAAACGUGGACGAGCAGGCGAUCCCGAAGAGCCUGGAGCGCGUGAUUAAAUUGAAGGAAGCUGCGAAGACCAGCGGCAACAUCUCGAAGAGGAAACGAAAGAAAAAGAAUGCGCUUAUCUGUGUGGGGCUGCAGCAUCAUAAACCAAAUCCAAAAGGAAAGCCAGAGAAAGUUACACCAGUAUUUCAACAGCGACCAGGCGAGUCCGGUAGGCAAUUCAUGCACAGGGUGUCCAAAGAAACGCAUGAUUUUCUCAAGGAAAUAGCAUUUGAGAAGAAGUAUGGUGUCCAGAUUGAACGGGAUUCGAAUACUGGCGAAAUUCAAGGUUUAACAAAAUGCAAACGUGAAAAGGAUGAUGUAGAAGCGUUACAAGCGAAGCAUAAGAAUAUUACCAGGAAAAAGAAGGUAGCUGAGCCUUCAGCUACCUUAACAAAAAGCGAUAAGCGGAAACUGAAGCUGCGUAUGAAGAAAGAAAAGGAACUGGAAAAUCGUGAUGAGUUUGAGAGGCUGCAAGACAAGGUUAUUUUUGGCGAAGUUGCCCACGAACCACCCAGAUUAAAAAUCAAGUCCAAAAAAAUGGAUGAGAAUAGAAAGCCGAAGAAUUUAUUGUUGAGUUCGUUAUUGGAAAGUCCUAAAGAGGUUUCUUCUGCUCCUAAAGUGAUUAAUCGUUCUGGAAAGAGGAAACAUUUACCUGAAACAGAAAGAAGAAGACUAGAGAAGAAACAGAGUGAACUAUUGCAGCCUACAGACAAUUGA